AUGCCCCGCGUCCGCGCCGUCCUCGGCCUCCUGGCGGCCCUGGCGGCCCUGGCGGCCUGCGGCGCCGUCGCUUUCCUCGCCUACUGUGUUCACUGGGACCGGAAGCGGCGCGGCGACCCCGCGUUCAGGCGCCGCCUGCGGGACAAGAGAGGAGCCCAGCGGCGGCCGGCGGAGGCACGGGGCGCCCAGUUGUGGGAUCCAGCAAAGAAUGAAAAAUUGCAAGAACUUUUUCUGCAAGAGGUACAAAUGGGAGAACUUUGGUUAUCCAGAGGAGAACACCGAUUGGGAGUUCAACAUCUCAGCAAUGCCCUUUUAGUGUGUAGACAACCACAGGAACUUCUGAAGGUUUUCAAACACACACUCCCUCCUCAGGUAUUUGAGAUGCUGUUGCGCAAAAUUCCCCUUAUUUGCCAGCAAUUUGAGGCAGACAUGAAUGAACAGGAAUACUUGGAGGAUGAUCGUGAUUGA